AUAUAAACCAAAACCCAAGAACUCGACCAAAUCGAACAAGAAGUCAUUCUCAAUUUCUCAUUCUCUCUCUCUCUCUCUCUCUCUCUCUCUCGAGAUCGAUCGAUCUUAAGCUCUGUAGACUAGAGCGAUUGGUCUGCUACACUCCAGGGCAUCGUCGUCGAGCCGGCUGAUCGGUGGAGUAAGCUAGCAGCAGUGGUCGCCAUGGCGGUGGCGGAGGCGGAGGCUUACGUCUCGCCGGAGCUCGCCGCGGCGCUGGGCAAGGUGGCCGUGUUCGCGCUGGUGCAGGCGCUGGUGUACCUCAUCCUGCGCAAGUCGUCGGGCGUCUUCUCCCCGGAGAGGGCGGCGAGGUCCCUCAGCUUCCGGCCGAUGCGGAGCAUGAGCGUCCGCCGCUUCCUGGCGGCGCUCUCCGACGACCCCGUCGGCGUCCCCGAGGACGGCGGCUCGUCGAUCGGCGCCGGUACUGCCACAGCGCGGGCCUGACCUUGAUUGAUUAUUAGCUGAUGCCACAUACUUAUUAUGCAUCCUUCAUGACUAUUAUCAACUAGGAAUUCUUCAAAACAUAGUGGAAAAAGAUAUAAAUCGGUCGUAGAUGUGUGUUGUGCACUGGUCUGCUGCUUAAUUACGAUGUAGUAGUUUGGCUUUGUACAUAGAGUACUAAAUUAAUUGGACUGGAACUUGAAGGCCAAUGAUAUUUGUUUUUUCGUUUAUGCUCGUUAUAUACUACCUCUAUUUCAUAAUGUAAUAUGUUCUC